CACCACCCCUCUGCUUAUACUUUCCUUUCAUACCCCCUCCCAACUACUACUUCUCUUAUUGCAAAUAUGGCCGCUGGAAAGGGAAAGGUACUCUUGGCUUACUCGGGUGGUCUCGACACCUCGACAAUUCUUGCCUGGCUCAUUGAUGAAGGCUACGAUGUCGUCGCCUUCAUGGCUGACGUCGGACAGGAGGAGGACUUUGAGGCUGCUCGAACCAAGGCCAUGAAGUGCGGUGCCGUCGGCUUCAUCCUCUCUGACAUGAGGCGAGAAUUCAUCGAGGAGCUCAUCUACCCCGCUGUCCAGGCCAAUGCCAUCUACGAGGACGUCUACCUCCUCGGUACCUCCCUCGCCCGCCCAGUCAUCGCCCGAGGCAUGAUCGCCGCUGCUGCCCAGGAGGGAUGCCAGUACGUCUCUCACGGCUGCACUGGAAAGGGCAACGACCAGGUCCGAUUCGAGCUGGGCUUCUACGGUCUGCAGCCUGACAUUAAGAUCAUUGCUCCCUGGAGGAUCAGGGAAUUCUACGAGAGGUUCGCUGGCCGAUCCGCCCUCCUCGAGUACGCCGCCUCCAAGGGCAUUAACGUCACUCAGAGCAAGGCCAAGCCUUGGUCCACUGACGAGAACCUCUUCCACACCUCUUACGAGGCUGGUGUCCUCGAGGACCCCAACCACACUCCUCCUGCUGACAUGUGGAAGCUGAUCAAGGCUCCCGAGGACGCACCCGAGGCUGGCGAGAAGCUCGUCAUCUCCUUCACAAAGGGUAUCCCCACCAAGGUCGAGGUCGGCUCCACCGGAAAGACCUUCACCGAUGCCGUAGACAUCUUCUACACUCUCAACAACCUCGCCCGCCUGCACGCCGUUGGCCGAGUGGACAUUGUCGAGAACCGAUUCAUCGGUGUCAAGAGCCGUGGAUGCUACGAGACCCCCGCUGGAACCAUUCUGCGAGCUGCCCACAUCGACUUGGAGGGUCUCACGCUGGACCGUGAGGUUCGCCGAAUCCGAGACGCCUUCAUCACUACUAAGCUGUCGGAGCAGCUGUACAACGGUCUCUUCUUCAGCCCCGAGGGCAAGUUUGUCCGCUCCUGCAUUCCCGAGUCGCAGAAGACUGUCAAUGGUGAGGUCAAGGUGAAGCUGUACAAGGGCAACGUCAUCAUCGAGGGACGCAAGUCCGAGGAGCAACUCUACGACGAGAAGUUCUCCAGCAUGGACGAGCUGGGUGGUUUCGAGCCAGAGAUGACCACUGGAUUCAUCGAGGUCAAUGCCAUCAGGAUCAAGAGGUUCGGUGUGGGACAGAUUGCAAAGGGACUGGGAGGAAGCGACAUCAAGGCUGCUUACGGCUUGUAAAGAAGGAGGGGGGCCUUGCCUGUUGCAGUAGAGGAAUUGUGGGCGCUGUAUCUUGUCACG